CUCAGGGCGCUACUUGUAGCAAGUGUUGGUGGGUGGUAGUGUUAGUGGUGUGAGGUAAUGCGUGUUGUGUACCAAGUGAACGGUGAGUCUCCACACACACAGUGAGAGCAGCGGCAGCCUCCACCUCUCCUACCACGCUCCUCCUCCUACACCUUAACUGCUUCAGUGCUCGAUUUGUUCUUCCUGGAGACGGUUGUCGCUGCUGAGGAAGAUGGAGAAAAAACAGAUUUUUCAAGUUAAGAAAUUUGUCGCAGAAGUUCGGGGGCUGUGCCAGCUAAAAUCUAACCAAAUCAGCAGUCAUACAGUUUAUGGCAUGUCCCCGAAGGUAAUUCUCCGAAGACUUACUCCCAAGGCCAUUGAGCAGCAUACCAGGCAGCAGAGAGAGCGGUUGAGACGUCAAUCACUGAGUGAAGGGGAAGAGUCCACGACUUCUUCAUGUACUACUUCUGAAGAUGAAGGGGAAGAGAACCCACUACCUCAUGUACAAAAUGAUUUGAGAAUGCCAAAAAUAAUAAACAGUGAGAGUGUGGACAUUUCAUCAGAAAUAAGGGUGGCCCCCACCUCAGUUGCACAGCACAUUACAGGAUCAGAUGUGGAUGAAAAUGUUGAGGAUGUGCUGGAUUCUGACUGGUCGGAUGAACUACCGAAUCUUAAUGACCCUUCGUGGGUAAGCCCUAGCAAGGAAGGCAAUAAUAUGAAAUCUCCAAAAAAGCGGCAGUGGAAAAAGAAGAAAAUGAGAGAUGAAAAUAUUAAAAAGAAGGGAGUUGGUAAGUUGAUGAUGCAUGCCAGAAAGGCUUUUGAACAUCAACAGAAGAUGUUUAUAUCAUCAAAUAUAGAGAAGAAAAAACCAAAGAUAGUACAAGCAUCAUCAAUAUCUUCCAGAGAUAUUACAAUGUCACCUGAAUCAGUGCAACAGGAUCAACAGCUUAAAUCUCCCACUCCUCCAGAGCCCAACUCACUAAGUUCAUUUUCAAGUACAUUUUCCUCAUUUGCCCCUGACAAUAUUAAUCAUGGUUUCCUAUCUAAACUACGGGCAAAUAUGUGUCAGUCAAUUCCAAAGGAUUCGAUGAAUGACUUGACCCAAACAGUGUGUACUGAUUCUCUGCCACAGUUAAUUUCCUCACCUCAGCACAUGGCACAAGAAGGGGUUGUGUCAACUCAGGACUCGCCACCUGCUUUUGGAAUGACAAUUUCCAAUAUCCAUACUGUAGCAGCUCUGUCACCUACUGCCAGUGAAAAUGAAGGUGAUAUGAAUACUGAUGAUAUAAAUGUGCAAGAAGACAGAAACAGUUCAUAUGACUCUGACCAAACUGUUGCAUUUGAGGCAUCUCCGCCACUUUGCUCGAACAUAGAGAAAAAUAAUUUAGAUACAGUAAAAGAAGGUACUUGGGGCAGAAAUACUGAUGAUGGUUCUGGUCCCAAAAAGAGAAAAAGGAUAAGAUUAGAGAGUCAAGACAAUGAAAUAGUUGAAAAUAAUAAGAAAAUUAAGCCAAAUGCAGAGGUGGCAAGAUUCCUAUCAUAUGACACCACAGAUGGGCACGCGGGAAUUUCCAGCAAAACAUCUGAUACAGUGCCUCACGAAAUAGAAACAGCCACUACCAGUAAAAAAACUAAGCCAGGAGAGCUUGUAUACGAAAGUUCAUCACUGGUUCUUGCUCCGAAAAUUUCAAAGAUGCUGCCUGCAGUUGAUAAAGAAAACCAAUUUUGUACUUUACCAAGUGAAGCAGAACCAAAUAAUAAGGGAUCUCUUGAGAAACAGAUGGAGUUUUUUAAGGAAAUUUCCAAAGAAAUGUUAGAGCUGACCGGCAAGAAGACAAAGUGUGAGGAGAAGAUAAAAUUAAUUAAAGAAGAAUGUGACAAGAAGAUUACACUUUUAGAGUCAGAAAAGAAACAAUAUGAGUCGGAGAUAGAGGAAUUGACUAUCAAAGUGCAUAAAUGGAAUGAUUCUGCUGCAGAAAAUGAGACAUCACAUACAGCUGAACAAGAAACAGAUCCAUUAGAAAUUGAACAGCCUACCUUUGUGAUGGUGAACUCAUUAGCAAGGCUCCCCCAGGAUGUCUCUUCAUACAAAUUAUCUCGAGAAAUAGCUGUGUUCAAGUCUGCCACACGUGAUAAUAUUACCGAGGGUCCCAAAAACCAUCGAGAUCAACUAAAAAACAGGAUAAUUAACAUCAUACCAGCUGCCAACAUCAGCCACUUUGGCAGUGCUACACAGUCACCCAAUAAGAAACAAACGGCUAAGAAAUCUAUGGCAAAACCAAAAGCAGCAGCAGCAGCAGCGGCAGCGGCAGUAGCAGCUUCUGCAGCCGUAGCAGCAGCAGCAGCUUCACCAUCCAUAAGUGCACCACCAGUAAUAAAAAACAAAGCUUCAUCCAGCAUGAUUUUGCAGCCAGUGUCAAGUAACCUGCCUUCACAGCACAAGGUGUUAGACCAAACCAACAGGGACAGUGCUCAUGUGACAAUUGCAGUUGUGUCUAAUAGUUUGAUGCUACAGCCACAAAAUCCACCACCAACCCAGGUCCAGUCGAGCACCACAGCCCUCUGGCCUACAGGCAUGAUUACUGCACAGCCAGUAGUUUCUUCUACUGCACCAAUGUGCUACAAUGUCACCAAUGUAUUACCACCACAAUUGCUUGGGGUUCAUUCAAUUCAACCAGCAAAGCAGCCUCCCACUUAUGCAGAACACCACCAGCUGAAGAAGAAGCAAAGUGUUCAACCACAACAGCUGAUUACUGCAGAUGUGCAGCACAAAAAUCGCAUUGCUUUCAUCCAACAGGCGAAUGGAUGUGGGUUGGGAACAGUCCCUUCAGGGACUCCGGCACAGCUAGGACAAAUUGUAUCAACACAUUCAAAUCAGCCCCAAGUCUCAGUGUCCAUGCAUCAACAGCAGCCUAAUACGACACUGGUACAGAUGUCGACACACACAUCCAAUCCUUUGUUGAAUAAAUUAAUUCAUCAUCAGCCUCAGCAGAACCUGCAGCACCUGCUUUUGCACCGGCAUCAGUCAAAGUCACUGCAGCAGCACCACAGCAGUGACCGGCAAGGUACUGUUGUUACUGGAAGCAGUGUUAUUCCAGCGACACUUCGUUCAUCUCUUGAGGGCAGUGCUGGUCAAUGUAUUAAAUUAGGUGCAGCUGGAAGUAAACCAACUCAAGGCCAGCAGAGAGAUGGGCAGACACUAGUUAGUACACCAGUGAGCAAGCCAGGACAUCAAUCUCAUCUUCUGGUAAGUGCCAUCCCAGCUCACACCUCAGGAGCUGCCAUGGCACGUUUUGGGAAUAAUGCUCAGUCUUCACCUAGUGUGGUACACACACCUAAACCAGAUCAUCAGCCACCCGGUCGUAUACCAUACAUACCCACAAGCUCAGUGAUGGGAGUUGCGAGAUCGCACCAACAGGCGCAACAAGCAACUACCCACCAAAAUGCCUCUAUGAAAAUUGCAUCAGAAGCAACAGUCACACCAGUAAGUUCUCCUCGGCAGACACCAAUACACUUUUCUGACAGCAAUAAGAGUAGUCUUCUAAGAAGCAAAUAUGAAUUAUCCAUAUUAUCACAGCGGUCGUGUUUCUUGUGUGGGGUGACGGGAGAGUUCACCUGCUGUAACAGUAUUGUGUACUGCAGCCAGACAUGUCAGAUUAAAGACUGGACUCGCCACCAGUCUGAAUGUUCUCACGCAAACAAAAGUUAGUGAGGAGGAUUUCCCCUGUAACAACACUGUAGCUGCACACUUGGGCAAAGAACUUUGGGUGUCAGCUGAUUGCUUCAUGUAUUGGUGGAAGAACCAGAGAUGUGUGCCGACAUGCCUUGUAUAUGAGGUGAAGAAUAUUGGACACCUGCUGAUGGCAUUAUGUAUCGGGUGAAGAUUUUAGACAACAGAGAAUUACUGGUGAUAACGUAAUUUGACACCAUUACACACAGAAAUCACAAUAGCAUGAUGCAUCAAAUGAACAAAUCCACAAGGGAUUUAACUAUGUCGUAGCCCAGUUGAUUAAGGCAGCGUCUGGGAUCCUCUUGGAUGUAGGUUCGAAUCUACAUGGCCCUUGUGGAUUUGUUAAUUUGACACCGUUUACACAUUUUACUUACAGUAGCUAAUAUUAUGAAUUGAGUUUGAUAACUGUUCCAUUUGAAAUACUGUUUUGAUUGUCACACUAUUAACCAUAUAAAAUAUAAGCUCUUAAGUCCACAGUAUGCUAUCACCACAUGAUCUAUAGGAACAGAGGUAUAAAUUCCAAUUGUUGGCGACAGGAAGCCUGUAAGGCAUACUGAGGUCCCAUAGGCCAACUGCUGACUUUUCCCAGGAUAUAACCCACAACAACUGUCAAACUCCCAGAUACCUAUUUUACUGUUAGGCAAAUAGAGGCAUUGGGUAAAAGGAAAUUUGCCCAACCAUUUCUGUCCUGCCUGUGGACUGAAGCCAGGUCCCUCUCUUGUGAACUCAGGGGGUAAUUAGAGCACUGUGCCACAGGACCCACAAAGAUAGGCUAAGAGGUGAAAAUGCUGGAGAAAAGAUAAGAGAGAGAGAGACAUGAUUGCAAGAUACUUGGGCAUUGACCUGCUCAACACAUUUAGUACGUGGUGGGACCAGGCCAAGUUACAGGUAAACUGAAUGCCUAAAUAUACCAGAACCAUUUCCAUCAGUGUUAGGCUAGGAAGCAAGUUGACUGCGUUAAGAAAUGAAGGGGUGAAGGAAAACCCUCUUGCACUUUUAGAUGUAAAUGAUAAAAACCAUGGAGUUUUUUAUACCAGGAUGAUACCAGGUCCAGUUUAGCACUUGCACUUGUACCCACAAAAGAAAGGGCUUUUCUUAUGAAAUUAGAAAUCUGCAUGAAAAUUAUGAAUGUGAGCCAGGAGAUUGUUGCCAUGCAACCUACUAUUAAUGAUAUUGCUAUAUGAUUAAUAGCAAUGUGGUCUUAUGUAUUGGGGUAGCUUGGGCAUGGACAUGCUGUGUGAUAAUAUUUGUCUUAGUCGAAGGGUUAACGUGAUGUCUCUGCAAGCGCUAAUGGCACCUUCCUUUUUUUUUUCAUCUUGCUCUUUUAUCAGCUUCCCAGGUUCCACACUGCUAGUCUUGCUCAAAACAUCUCUACCUAAUUCAGUAGAUAGUUGAGAUUAGAAAGAGACAUGAGUUACUUCCCUAACACUAGUGCUAAUUCCAACAAAUGUUUCCCAGCAUGCAGUAGCUACUGCUCUCCAGCCAACCAUCCAUACUUGACUGGCAAGUCCACAAAACUGGCAUCUUUUCACUAUGCCAUUUUUAUUCAUGUGUUUUACCCUAAACCUUUAUUUGUGUAUUUCUUUUUAAAGGCAAUACAGUACUGUAUGUUAAAUGUUUUUACCAAGGUUCCUUAUUUUCCUGCCAACUGUGUUAAGCUUAUCACUAUGUACAGUAUUUCUUUUUGCUUUUCUGUUGGAAAUCUUGCUUUCUUAAAACCCAUUUGAGUUGCCUUUCCCUCUAUAAAAUGCUUGGUAAAGCUGUUUCUUUUAUGACUAGUCCUGUGUGUUUCUGCCGUCAUAUUGGCAUCCCAAGUGAUUGUUUCGAACGCUUAAUAUUUAGUAACGUUGCUUUAUAACUUUUUUGGCUUAGCAUUAUCUUUCGAUAAUUAGUUUCAUUCUUUUGAAACCCUGGAAAAUGUCAUUAGUGCCUAGGGUCUGGUCUUGUUUUAGUUUUUCAAUCUGGAAACUAACUUCAAUGAUAAUUAUUACCCUGAAUCUCUCUCCUGUAACUUUGUCCAGCUUCAGACACAUUAUCAACCUAUUUAGUGCACACAGAUAAGAUAUUGGUUUAAAACACCAUAUGUUUUAUACAUCAGGAAGAACCCUUUAAGAUUUGAUAUUCUGUAGUUACCUUGUCAUCUGCUUUUAAUAUUUAUUUGCUUUUCACUUUUUAAGUUUAAGGUAUUCCCAGUUCCACUGAGUUUGUAACUCUGGUACCUGGUUUAAUUUAUCCCAUAUGCAUAUAACAUGGUAUAGUUCUUAAACUUUGUCUUUUUAUGCUUGAAACAUCUUGCAUUUUAAAUUUUUGUUUCAGUAUAUCACUUAUUGUAAUUUGACUUGAAGCACUUGUGAACAAAACCACGAGCUGUAUAGAACCCCCCCUCCCCCCAUUAGGCACGUUGAGGAGCGAUUAUGAGGAUGCGUCACUCCUCAUGGUAUAUAGAUGCUGUAUUGAUGGUACAAUUAAAAGGAUGCAAAUUUUUACAGUGCCAUUUGGUAUUUUAAUGAGAUCGAUUUCAAAUUGUGAAUAAUGUGGCAAUAUUCCUUUUAUGGACAGGUUAAUCUCUUGUAUUAUGAGUAAUGUUAAAAAAUUUCACAUUACUCAUUUUUAAACUAAUUUAUAAAUUUAUUACAUACCCACUGCAUCCCAUGCUGGUACUGACUUGUGAAUAGCAUCAAGGGAAUUAUUGCACAUCCACAGUAAAGUACAGUACCAGUAUUACUGAACCGGAUUUGAGAAUUUCGGUAUAUAUUUUCUCCAUAUUUAAAAUUUUAAAGGUUUCAUUUACAGUUUACCUUAUUUAUAUUUGAUUAGAAUAUAAUAUAGUACAUUCAUGGGCUUGUUGACCAAAUCACACACUAGAAAGUGAAGGGACGACGACGUUCCUUUGUCAUCAAUUUGAGAAUGGUCCAGGACGGACCGAAAUGUCGGCG